GAUUACAUUUUGUGUGUGUGUGUGUGUGUGUGUGUGCGUGUGCGUGUGGACAUCAGAUGGGUAUGAUGUGUGCCCAGAUGCCAUUAGAGGAUGAGCUGCUUCAGAGGCGUCUGCAGCUGCAAUCCCGCCUCUCGACCCUCAAGAUCGAGAACGAAGAGGUGAAGAAGACCAUGGAGGCCACGCUGUCCACCAUCCAGGACAUGGUGACGGUGGAGGACUACGACGUGUCUGAGUGCUUCCACCACAGCAACAGCAUGGAGUCGGUCAAGUCCACCCUCAGCGAGUCCUACCUGAGCAAGCCCAGCCUGGCCAAGCGGCGGGCCAAUCAGCAGGAGACGGAGCAGUUCUACUUCACGAAGCUGAAGGAGUUUCUGGAAGGCAGGAACCUGAUCACCAAGCUGGAGGCCAAGCAUGACCUCAUCCAGAAGACCCUGGGAGAGAGCCAGAAGACCGACUGUUGCCUUGCCAGCGGACGGAGAAACUCAGCCGUGCGGAAGCAGGACUCGGGUCAGACCAUUCCUCUGAUGGUGGAGAGCUGUAUCCGCUUCAUCAGUCGCCAUGGCCUGCAGCAUGAGGGCAUCUUCAGAGUGUCUGGCUCCCAGGUGGAAGUGAAUGACAUCAAGAAUGCCUUUGAGAGAGGUGAGGAUCCGUUGGCAGGGGAUCAGAAUGACCACGAUAUGGACUCCAUCGCUGGCGUCCUGAAGCUCUACUUCAGAGGACUGGACCACGCCCUAUUCCCCAAGGAGGUCUUCAAUGAACUCAUAUCCUGUGUCUCUAUGGAAAGUCUCCAGGAGAGAGCAGUCCACAUCCGGAAGGUUCUGCAGUCUCUGCCCAGCAAGACCCUCAUCAUCAUGAGAUAUCUGUUUGCCUUCCUCAACCACCUGUCCCAGUACAGUGAGGACAACAUGAUGGACCCCUACAACCUUGCCAUCUGCUUCGGCCCCACGCUGAUGUCGGUCCCGGAGGGCCACGACCAGGUGUCCUGCCAGGCGCACGUCAACGAGCUCAUCAAGACCAUCAUCAUCCACCACGACGGCAUCUUCCCCGGGCCCCGGGACCUGCAGGGGCCCGUGUACAGCGCCCCCGGAGCCCUGGAGGAGUUCUGUGACAGCCCCCACUGUGAGGCCCCCCUGGUCGACCUUUCUGCCCCCAACACCCCCACUGUGGUCCAGAUCAGUGACGACGGCUCCUUGGGCGUUUCAGAGUCCGACCCCAUCGAGGCCGUCGCUCGCUUCGACUACACCGGGCGAACCAAUCGGGAGCUCUCGUUCAAGAAGGGCGCCUCCCUCCUCCUGUACCAGCGAGCCACAGACGACUGGUGGGAGGGGAGACACAACGGAGUGGAAGGACUGGUGCCGCACCAGUACAUCGUGGUCCAAGACAUGCCUGAUGGCGGCCGGGGCAGCCCCAAGCCUGAUGUAGAGUCCCGGGACCUGCUGGAGGAGAGGGUCUCGACUAGAGGCAGCGCUGCCUCCCCCACCGGAGCCCACGUAGCUGACAUCUACCUAGCCAACCUGAACAAGAUGAGGAAGCGGCCAGAGUCCGGCAGCAUCCGCAGAGCCCUCCGGGGCUCCGAGGGCGACGGCAUCAGCCCGGGCGCGGGCCCCGGGGCCCGGACCGCCUCCCUGCCCGUAGGGGCGGUCAUGGCCAAGGAGAGCGGAGACAAGCGGCCAGUGAGCGCCCACAGCAUCCUCAACUCCAUCACGCGCCACGCCUCGCUCAAGACCAAGGUGGAGAGUCCGCAGAUGCGUAAGACGUCCUCCGCCGGUCGCUCCAAGAGCUUCAGCAACCACCGACCCCUGGACCCCGAGCUGAUAGCCCAGGUGGACCACAGCUCCCAGGACAUCGAGGCGGCCAUGAGCUCGGCCCUGAGCGAGCUGCGGGAGCUGGAGAGGAAGAGCGCCUCCAAGCACAGGCCGGCGCCCGACGUGGUGCUGGACACGCUGGAGCAGCUGAAGGGGGUCUGCGGCGGCAGCGGCGGGGGCGACCGGGGGGGGAGCGGGGGGGCGUCGGAGCCCUCCAGCCCGCUGCACUCCCGCCUGCUGCGGGACGGCGAGGGGGGCUCGGCCCACGGCCACCCGCUCCAGCGCAGCGUCUCCUCGGCCAGCGACGUGCCCUCCUCCUUCCGGCCCAUCAAGACCCAGCUGCGGAGCCCCCUGCCCUCCGCCACCUCCCCCUCCCUCUCCCUGUCCUCCUCCUCCUGCCUCUCCUCCUCCGUGCCCUCCUUCCGGGAGUGCCGGCCCCCCGCCACGCGGCCCAAGCCCGUGGUGUUCCCCAAGGGGGGCAGCGGCGGGGGCAGCCCCGUCACGGGCUCCCCCACCUCCAGCGUGCCCCCUCCCCCGCCCUCCCCCCACACACACUCUGUGCCGCCGCCGCCCCCUCCGCCCCAGUCCAACGACAAGUCCUGUCCGGCCUAGAACGCCACCACACACACACACACACACACACACACACACACACACACACACACACACACACACACACACACACACACACACACACACACACACACACACACACACACACACACACACACACACACACACACACACACUGCCCCAUCUUCUCUUUACUGCUUCUCCCCCCCACCCACCCCUCACAAACGCGCGCACACACACACACACUUACACUUCAUCCCAACUUCCUGUCUGAUACACGCAUGGUAAUUGACUCAUUAAGUUUCACCAUACAACACAAGACCCCAACUACUUUACUACACAUAUGUAGCAUUGACCUAGCGGCCUCCAGGCGUCCCUGUUAGCUGCCACCACCAGCUCCAUCUCAGCCUCUGUCUUAUCCCACACAUCCCAUCACCUUCCGUGAGAUCCCUGACUGAGCCCAUUCAUCUGUCCGCAAACACCAUCUCACACACAAGGGAACAGGACUCAGGGUUUAUAGUACACUAGUUUGCGAUGCUUGAGAUUGCGGGUUGAUUUUUUUGAGUGCAAGACUGUUACUGACAUUUAUACACCUAUUUGAGUGAGGAACAUUGAGCACUGUUGAAACUUUUCAGUUUUUUGUACAGUAGAUUACUUUUAUGACCCGUCGUGGACUUGAAAAUGGGGUGUUUUAUUCCUUACAAUAGACUGUGAAACUCUUCUUGAGAUCUCGGUCCAAUCCCGUCACACCAACUCUGAUUUGGAAUAUAAGAGUGAGUGGGGGAGAUAAACCGACGGAUGGAUGAAGAGGAAAAAUGUGACGCAAGACUACAAGCGAGAGCUGGGGCCAAAUAUCAACCUAAAUCAAAUGGCUUCUCUCUACGCAUGGCCUUCCUCUUCCCAUUUAGAGUCAACACGGACAACGCUGAGUACUGUUGCUAUGUCUUUCCACUAGGACCGCAGGAGCAGCAUAUUAUAAUGUGCUUUCCAACCCCUGACACGUAAUUCAGAAUCUGUAGCAAUAAAGGAGGUAAAUAAAUAAAAGUAAACUAGCAGUUUGAGGAAUUAUGUUUUGUUUUCCCCUGCAGCCGUCCCUGUGUGUAAGGGGCAAUUUUUUUUAAUCCACCAUUCCUAUGCAUGAUGUUGGAUUACACGCACACGCACAACCCAGGAUAUAUAUGUGUGUCAGUGUGUGUUGAGUCUUUAUUUGGCAGCUAUUCGCCUUUCAGGUUCUCUUAGCAUGCUGGGCAGUUGUAUUGGCAAGCGGACUGACUGCAUCAGCAUUGUCAACAUACAGCUAUAAGACAAUAAGAACAAGUAUGAUUAUAGCUUGCUCUUAUACUCGCUUUUACUCUGAUUUAAUGACAACAAGGGUUUUACACUUCUAGCGGUGUGUUUGAGUGUGUGUGUGUGUGUGUAUGUAUGUUUAAUGAUCAUGGGUAACUGGAAGCAAACACACUGAGGAUGUUUCCUGAGUGGGUUGAAGGUUUUUGGUAGAAGCACAACCAACCACCUCAUCCAAUUAGUUAAGAAAAAAGAACAAGAAAAAAAGGAUUGCUUAUAUUAUUACUACUCCAAGUUGGUUAAUAUAUAUAUAUAUAUAUAUAUAUAUAUAAAUUGUAAAAAAGUUAAACUUUGUUCCUGUCGGCUGUGUAUGGAUAUGUGAGUGUCAGUAUAUGGAGUGCGUGUCUACAGUUGUAUAUGUAAUUUCACAUCCAGUUGUCAUCACCACCACAAAUAUUGUUUCUGGACCAGAUGAAUAUAAUAAAAGGGAACAAACUGCCUUCUGGAGACAGGGGGAGGUGCAAUCUGCUUUCAAUGAUGGUGACAUUCAGCAUUGACUUGAAUUGAAUAGAUGAGGGCCAGGUUGGGUUCCCUUUAGCUUCCAGCCAGUGCAGUACCAACACCAGUGGCAGGCCAGCAUUCACGACACAAAGGUUAUACCCAGAACCGUGUAUGGACCAAACACGACUUUUAGGGAAAACCUUGAAAUGAGAAUAUUUACAGAGAAAUCCUAAUGUUUUCAUCUCUCUGCAAACUCCCAUUUACAAUGUACUAUCCCUUUUGCGAACUUCUCUCAACUUUACGUAUUGAAUAGUUAAUUCCUCUUAUUUUCAAUAACAUCCCAUCUACUGACCAGUGAAACCUACUUAAGUCCCUCUCUACCCGGUCAUGUUUGUUAAUCGUCCUGGGGUUUGUUUGUCUUAUCUGUUACGCUUACCUCAUGACAACUGGAGAUAUUGUAGGGGUUUUCUUUGAGUUGUAUUUCUUGCAGUGAGUGAUUUAAGUGAGAAGACUUGUACUAAACAUAAGUGCACACUCAAAUACACACAAAUGUAGACUUUGGGGAUACCGUGGGUUCUUUUUUCCAACUAUGCUGUGAAGGAGUCAGGGCCAUCUUGUCUCCAUGGGGCCCGGUUAGAUCUUGGCCCUGCCGUGGUGCACGUGAAUGAACUUGGUGUGCAUGUGUGAACUGACCAAAUGGGGAUUGCUUUUAGUUUUUUGUCUAAAUGGAAUAUGUUUAAAAUAUGCAUUUAUUGUGUCCAUUUGAAAAAGCAGAACUAAAAAAAAGAAGACUGUAAUGUCGAAUCUAUUUAUAGUUGUCUCUGUAUUACUGAAAAAAAUCCUGUGUUCAGGUGUACUUUGUAUAUACAAUGUUGUACAUUACAGAGGUACACUCUUUUUUUUGGUACAAUAUUGUACAGUAAUAGCAAUAGUAGUAUAAUCAAAUAGGCCUUAUAUAAUUCCAUGUGUAGUUCUUGCAGUAAUCUGUUUCCUUUUUAUUUGUUUUUUAAUAAACUUGCUUGCAAUAAAA